UCUUACGUGUGUAUAAAAUCGCAUAAACCAAACCUUCCUUCUCAUUGUUGACUAGGAAAUAGGGAUUACGAAAGCUUCAUCUUUUUCACACCCUGCUCUACUCACUGAUGGCUCUGAAAUCGUUCAUUGAAGUUCACCCUGACUCUCAUUUCCCCAUACAGAACCUACCUUACGGUGUCUUCAAACCCCAACCAGGUUCUUCACCUCGACCCGGCGUAGCCAUAGGCGACUACGUCCUUGACCUCUCUGAAAUCGCUUCUGCUGCUCUCUUCAAUGGUCCUCUCCUCAACAACUCUGAUUGCUUCCACCAGCCUAAUCUAAAUAAGUUUGUAUCCCUUGGAAGGCCAGCGUGGAAGGAAGCUCGCGCUACUCUUCAAAAGCUCCUUUCAGCAACUGAGCCAACCUUGAGGGACAAUGCUACUUUGAGGGAGAAAUCACUUGUGCCUAUGAGCCGUGUGGAAUUGCUUCUUCCUGUUCAGAUUGGAGACUACACCGACUUCUUUUCAUCUUUGCAUCACACUAAAAAUUGUGGCCUCAUUUUUCGCGGGCCACAGAAUCCUGUCCUAGAAAAUUGGUAUCACCUACCCGUUGCCUAUCAUGGACGAGCAUCUUCUGUUGUUAUAUCUGGAACCGAUAUUGUUCGACCAAGAGGUCAAGCUCAUCCAACACCUGGAUCUCCACCUUACUUUGGUCCUUCUCGAAAGCUAGAUUUUGAGUUGGAAAUGGCUACUAUUGUUGGACCUGGAAAUGAUUUGGGGAAACCUGUGGAUAUCAACAACGCAGCAGAUCAUAUCUUUGGUGUUGUUCUAAUGAAUGACUGGAGUGCUCGGGAUAUUCAGGCAUGGGAAUAUAUUCCUCUUGGCCCUUUUCUUGGCAAGAAUUUCGGCACAACAAUAUCACCUUGGAUUGUGACCCUAGAAGCAUUAGAACCUUUUGCGUGUGAAGCCCCAAAACAGGAUCCUCCUCCACUUCCAUAUUUGACUGAAAAAGUAUCCAAAAACUAUGAUGUCUCACUUGAGGUUCACAUUAAACCAGCUGAGCAUGAGAAGCCAAGUGUGGUGACACGGAGUAAUCUCAAGCACUUAUAUUGGACAUUGACUCAACAGCUUGCUCACCAUACCAUCAACGGUUGCAAUCUGAGACCAGGAGAUCUCCUUGGAACUGGGACAAUUAGUGGUCCUGAGCAAGAGUCCCGUGGAUGCUUGCUGGAGUUAACCUGGAAUGGACAAAACACACUGUCAUUGAAUGGGGUAGAUCGGAAAUUUCUUGAAGAUGGAGAUGAAGUCACCUUCACUGGAUAUUGCAAGGGAGACGGUUACACAAUUGGGUUCGGCAAGUGCUCCGGCAGGAUAAUUCCAUCAGCUCCCUGAGGACGCCAUUGUUGUUGCAUGCUUUUCUGCAGCUAAGAGUAGUUGAACUGUUGAAGAUCCAAAUCUGGUAUGCAGCCUGGUUUUCCAUUAUCAAGUGAAUUGAUGUGUGAUGAAAUAAGUAUACACAUUUCUUCAAUAUAAUAAAACUAGUCCUAAUCUUUUA